AUUUUAUUGGCUAAGCGUCACGUGAUUCGUUAUAUAAAAAUUCGCUAUAAGGGUAAACUGUAUUUAGUGAUGACGUAAUUUGCUUUAUUUAUCCUUAAAAAAAUUUUUGCUUUUGUCUUUCAUGUGAAAUACGAAUUUAUCUCUUUACCAUAACUUUACACGUUUUUCAUAACCAUGUCGAAACGUCGUCGUACUGAAGAGGAUGAAGAAAAAUUGAAUAGUGAAGAAACAUCAAAUGGUUUAGUACAACACCAAAGUUCCAGAAUACCGUUACUGCCAAAAGAAUUAGAACCUAGCAUAUUUGGGAUACAACCAAAUAACGAUUUUGUUAGAGUUGUUAGUGACUUUUUGUAUAAUCACGUUAGAAAGGGAGAUGUUGAGAUAGAAGCCAAGUUAGGUGUUUUAUUGGAUAAAGUAAAUCGAGAACGAAUAAAGUUACCAGUUUUUUGUGAGACAGUAAUAAAUCCUCAUGAAGACAAGUGGAUGAUAUUUGAGAGUAAUAUGACUCUUGAACAACAUAAAUCUUUUAAUGAAUUGUUAAACAAUCGUUUCAUUGAAACAAAAUCUCCAUCGCAUAAGGGACAACCUGUAGAAUACAAACAUACAUAUGAAAUAGAUAGUUUUUAUGACACAAAGGAAGGAAGAAUUAGAGUAACAAGAGACCGAAAAACUGGAGAGAUUGUUGAAGGCGGUAUUGUACAAAAAAUUCGUGUUGCAGACUUAAACAUUUACUCACCAAACACGAAGUUAGAUUAUCGUAUUUCUGUAAAUCGGGAAAUUCCAAAGAAAAUGCCAGAAGGACAACAUAAUUUUGAGAGGAAUAAGGAUAGGUUAAGCUAUACCCAUCAAAUAGUUAAGAUUGAUUUAACGCAAGUCAAGGUAUCUGGUGGAGGCUCACAGGAUUUGACUCACGAGUUAGAAGUAGAAUUUAUAAAUCCAAGGAUAUUACUCGAAGAAAAGCUCAAAAUAGAAAGAAACCAGGAAAAUAAAUACAUAGAGAUAGUUGAGCAUUUUCUUAAUAAUAUCAGAAUGCUGGCCAAAAAAGUCUUAUAAAUGAUAUUUAUUGAUUUGCCAAAAUAGGUAUGUAAUGAUAAUUAUAUCUCUAUAUGUAUGUUUUCCUUUUAAGAAAUAAAAAAAAUUUAGAAAUUAUUUUAUUACGUGAAUUGGAUGGAUUAGCGAUUAAGAAAUGUAUAAAUUUAAAUUUGUAAAGUUUUGAAAUAGAAAUAAAAUUUAAAAAUUUAUGGUAUAAUCUCAUAUUAAAUGCCCAAUGAUUAUUAACUUGAAUUUUGUACCAACAAAUUUGUAGUUAUUGGUCAUGUCUUGCAAG